UUCACAAACCUAAUGUAGCAUUGACUCAAGCUUUUAAAUUGUUGUAUUUAUUGGCUGUGAUUUUCUCCCAGCUCUAGUCUCAUCCACCAUGGCUUCUUCUUCUUCUGAAUCCAUUAGCCUCUGCAAAAUCCUCUCCGAGUCAAGAAGCAUAAUCAGAGAGCAUCCACAUCAUUUCCGGGUACUCACAAUCCUAUUUCUUUUCCCUCUUUCUCUCUGCUCCAUCAUCUAUGUAACCAUCCAACCAACCUUUUCCCCACACACUCAAUCCAACUCCACAUACACAACCUACAAUCCAAUCCUGUACCUUCUCUUCACUCUCCUCUAUACAAUCUCUGUCACCCUAUUCUCCUUAUGUGCUGUUGCCAGUAUUUCAUACAGCACGUACCGAGCUAUUUAUAAAGAACCUCUCAACCUCGUCGAAUCUAUAAAAUCCAUUUACAACUCCUUUUGGCCCAUCGUUUCGACAAUCAUUGUUUUAGAGCUCAUUUUUGCAUCCAUAUUUAUCCCUUUUAUGGUUUUGGUGCUCUUGGUUUAUAAACGGUUUCAUCUUUCUGGAGUUGAGAACAUUUCCAGCUUGAGCUCUUACUUCUUGAUUGUCAUCAUAUUGAUCAGCUUGGUGUUUGUUGCGGUGCUAAUCUAUUUACAAGUGAAUUGGAUCUUGGCUUAUGUGGUUGUUGUGGUUGAGUCCAAAUGGGGUUAUGAGCCACUGCAGAGAAGCGUUUCUUUGAUCAAGGGAAAUAGAGGAGUGGCCUUGUCAAUAAUGAUGUAUUUUGGACUUGGACUUGCAUGAAGGACUGCCAAUCAAGAAUGCCAAGAAUUGUCCUCUGCUUAAGUGAGAAGUUGCAGGCUCUUGAAUCUUGAUUUCAUUACUUCUUUGUCAAAUAUAUGUUUUUGUCUUUUAGAAAAGAAACUUUGUAGCAUUUGAUCAAUCAUUCCUGUUUGUCGUUUCUUUGAAAAUUGUAGAUAGGAUUUGUCAAUCAAACUUGUGGGGCAUCUUGCAUUUUGGAAAGAAAAGGUCAUCAAGCAAUAAAAGUCAUUAUUGUUGAAGGAAAAUAUGCAAUAUUGACUUGUCCAAUGUGAAUUGAUGAUGAUUGCAAAUAAAUACUUACUUAAAGAGAUACUAUCAAAA